AUGUACAAUUUCGGCUUUGAUGAUAAGUGGGUGGGUUGGAUCAAGACAUGCAUAUCCACAGCUAGAAUCUCUGUGCUAGUUAAUGGGUCUCCCACUUCAGAGUUCUCCCCUCAUAAAGGGCUGAGGCAAGGUGAUCCACUUUCACCUUUUCUUUUCAAUUUAGUGGCAGAAGGGACGAAUAUUCUAAUGGAGAGAGCAAAAGAUUUGGGGCUGGUCAAAGGAGCUGUGGUGGGACAUAGUGAACUCAAGUUGUCUCAUCUUCAGUUUGCUGAUGAUACGAUUAUUUUUUGCGAAGCCAAUUGGGAGGAAAUCAUUGCAAUAAAGAGAAUUUUGAGAUGUUUUGAAGUAAUGUUUGGGUUAAAGAUCAAUUUUCAUAAAUGCAAAGUUUAUGGGAUUAGUGUAGAGGAUGAUUUGGUUAAAGAGUUUGCCAAAAAAGUUGAAUUGUUUAACUAA